UCUGCUUAUUUACGCUGCAAAAAUCCGCGUGUUUAUACUUACCGCCAAUUUACGGCGGCGUUUCGGCCAUUUUGUGAACCCCGCGACAGGAAGUGAGUGUUGUAGGUGCUACGCAGGCGCAAAUUGACCUUUCGGUUGAAGAACCCGUCGGUCACAUAUCACUCCUGACCGUAUCUAAAACUCGGCACACAACACAAUGGCUGACAUCGAAGAUACACAUUUCGAGACCGGGGACUCCGGUGCCUCCGCCACCUUCCCUAUGCAAUGCUCGGCCCUGCGCAAGAACGGUUUCGUCAUGCUUAAGGGUCGCCCCUGCAAAAUCGUCGAGAUGUCCACUUCCAAAACCGGAAAGCACGGCCACGCUAAAGUUCACUUGGUUGGAAUCGAUAUUUUUAACGGCAAGAAAUACGAAGAUAUCUGCCCUUCCACCCACAACAUGGACGUGCCCCACGUGAAGCGUGAGGACUACCAGCUCACCGAUAUCUCUGACGACGGCUACCUUACCCUCAUGGCUGACAACGGCGAUCUCCGCGAGGACCUCAAGAUCCCAGACGGUGACCUCGGCACCCAGUUGCGUUCUGACUUCGAUAGCGGCAAAGAGCUGUUGUGCACUGUGCUGAAGUCUUGCGGUGAGGAGUGUGUAAUCGCAGUCAAGGCAAACACAGCUCUCGACAAAUAAACCAACUCAGCAUUUAUAGGGAUAUACAUACAUAUAAUUUUUUUACAAUCAACAGCUCUUACAUAAAUGUAAAACAUAAUACUAUGUAUAAUUUAACAUAAAAUAUUAUGGUGUGACGCGGUGCUGGCUUGUCGCCGUCCACUCCACCCCCGAGGGCACCUCGUGACGAUGGCGUUGGUCUGCGAGCUGUGCUCGCCGGGCCAAUGAUGCGGUCCCACUGUUGUGAGGGCAACAUUCUAGAGAUGAGUGUCAAUUGUUAGCGGGUUCUCUAGCCGCUGCAGUGAAAACUUCGCCGCGCCCCAUGCGUGUCUCAGCGCUGUGGGCCUCUGUGUGUCGGCGGCGUGGUUUUCAUUACAGCGAGUUGUUGCCGAACAACAUUGCACAAACGCACGAGUUUUGCACAUGGAUACAAUAUGUAAUGAAAUAGUCGGUGCGUGGGACAGCAAGCAUUAAUUUAUUUAUACUUAAGUGUAAUGUGCCCUCGAGUGGAGUGCGACGCUGGCAGGCGGCCGCGUGCGACCGGCCGGAACUUCACGUUUGUUUUUGUUUUGUUUGUUCUCUUUUCGCUUACAACGUCUACUAAACGUUAAAGUUACGUUGCGCUCCGCGUGCCGCCGAAGGUUUGUUGAUCGACAUCGGUGUGAUGAAAUUUCCCGUGGUGGAUAUUAAGUUUUAUUGGAAACCCGAAAAAGAGAUGGACGCAAACUUGAAGUUAUUACCAUAUUUUAAUGCUAAAUUAAUGAAUACAUAAAAAAUCGAGAAAAUGCGCAAAAAAAUAGAAAUAAAGAAAAUUCUUGAA